AUGUCUUCCGGCUUCAUCGACUACAGCAGGCGUCGUCGCGCCUCCGGGCCUGCUUCGGAAACCAGCAGGGAUGCUGCCUCUCAGCGCGGAGGCGCAGACCCCUUCGACGAACAAGACGCCCGUCCCCGCGACCAUCUAGACACAGACACCGAGGCAGAGUCUGCCGCCGUCGCACAGCCCGCACCACGCCAACAGGGCCCCUUUGACGACGCUUCCGACAUGGAAUCCGCCCAGCAGCCUCGCUCCCGCCCCGCACGCGUCGAGAUCAUGGGCGAUCCCGGCUCACGCCCUUACCCGCAUCGCGACGAGCCCGCCUUCUUCGACCCCACCUUCCCCAACUACCAGGACGAGGCGCCGCUCGAGAUGCCCUUCUUCGACCACGUCGUCGCUGACUACGGCAACUACGGCACCUUCCAGCGCCUCCGUCUCAACUUCCGCCAGAUGAUCUCCUUCUUCGCCUCCACCACCGCACUCGGCUCCGUCCUCUUCGUCGCCUACUUUGCCUACUUCAACCCCUUCAAAAAGUCGCCCCCCAAGUCGAAGACCGACCGCGAGUACGAGCGCAGGAUCACCGGCGAGCGCGGCUCCGGCAGGCCCGCCUACUACGCCGAGUUCUGGGGUUACCAGUGCGACGAACACGAAAUCGUCACCGAGGGCGGCUGGAUCCUCAAGGCCCACCGCAUCUCGGACCCGCGUCGAGGCGGCGCCGUCGGCCACCCCGUCGUCCUCCAGCACGGCAUCCUCUGCAACUCUUCUCACUUUAUCGUCAACGAGGAACGCUCCAUGGCCUUUUGGCUCGUAGACCAGGGCUUCGACGUCUGGAUCACCAACAUCCGCUCCAACUUCAAGGCUGGCCACACCGAGUACACCCGCUCCGACCCAAGAUUCUGGGCUUGGGGCCUCAAGGAGCUCGCCUUCGAUCUGCGCGACGUCGUCGACUACAUCACCGCCGCCACCGGUCGUCCCCAGCUCGCCUACGUCGGACACUCCCAGGGCUCCGGCUCCAUGUACCUCGCCCUCAGCCCCGGUAUCUGUCCCGAGAUCGGCGACAAGCUCAGCUGCUUUGUCGCUCUCGGUCCCUCGGUCUACGCUGGCUCCGUGCUGCGCAAGUUCCCCUUCUCCCUCCUCCGCCAGUUCCGCUCGCGCAAGUGGUGGGGCCUCGUCUUUGGCGUGCGCGAGUUCAUGCCCGCCAUCGGUUUCGCACAGGAGUUCCUCCCCGCCUUCUGGUUCGGCCACAUCGCCUACGUCAUCUUUGCCUUCCUCUUUGGCUUCCACGACCACAACUGGGUCUCGCGCCAGAAGCCCAAGAUCUUCCGCACGGUGCCCGUGCCCACCUCGUCCGAGCUGCUCUACUGGUACAUGUCCGGCUUCUCCCACCGAGGCUGCAUCUUUGACCCCAGGAUCACAGAGCCUUGGUUCCCGCGCACCUUCCCGCCCCACUCCAUCUUUUACGGCGACAUCGACUUCCUCGUGCUGGGCAAGCCGCUCGUACAGAGGAUCCAGCGCUACGAGAGGAACGUCGAGAUGAUCCACACCGUCGAGCUGCAGAACUACGAGCAUCUCGAUAUGAUCUUUGGCGUCGACGCUUUCAGGACCGUCUUCCCGGGUAUCAAGGACACCAUCCUGCAGACCAUCGAUCCCGAGGAUCUCGCACCCGAAAUGUCGGAGCGAGGUGGUCGUUACUAG